AUGAAUGGCGGCUUGGGCGCAGUCUGCUGCUGCGGGUCGAGACUAUACCGCAGAGAGCAUAUAGAGUUUAAUGCAGCGCGUGGUCGAGUCUAUGCCCAUACUAAAGGGAAGUUAUGGGGCUGCCAUCAAUCCUUAGGCUCUCCUUUGCUUCUCGAAGCCGCCGCAUUGACCGCCGCAUUGACCGCAGGCCCAAAAACAGGUCAUACAAUGGAGAAGCUACAGAAGUUCUUCCAUGAUUUGCAAGGCUAA